AUGAACCAGAUCCAGGACCUCGGACAGCUACGCGAAUUCCUGACGGUUUACAACACCCUUACCGAACGCUGCUUCCGCGACUGCAUCAGCGAGUUCAACGUCCACAAACCAGUCCCUCAAGAGCAGGACUGUGUCACUAAAUGCAUUGAGAAGUCUAUGCGAGUGAACCGCCGUUUGAUGCUAAGUUUUGCUGAUCUUGGACCGAAACUACUGUUCAAGCAAGGAGAGCCAACCGCUACCGAAGCCGUGAAAAUUGCUAGUGCUGCUGUCAAUGAGCAUGGAUUCCGUGCUGAUGGCAGGAAGCCGUUGCAGAUUCGUAAUAUUUCAACCCAAAUGGGUAUCGACUCACAAUCGGACGGAUCUGCAUAUUUUGUUCAAGGAAAUACGCAGGUUAUCUGUCAUAUUUAUGGGCCCCGUGAGCCUACUCAGCGAGGUCGUGUCAAAGAAGAUCGGGCAUUCAUCAAUUGUCACUAUGAGCGUUUCCUGAAAGGAAGGUCGAAUAUACAAGGGGGCAAGCGGAGGCGACCCGGGAAAGAGCGGAAAGCCGGCGAUGUGGAACGACUCGUUGAGAAGACCUUCGAAACCGUGAUUUUUACGGAGAACUAUCCGAAGACGCAAAUCGAUAUACAUCUGAUGGUGCUCGAGGAAGACGGUUCGGUGCUGUCGACCUGCAUCAAUGCUGCUUCAUUGGCGCUAUGUGAUGCUGGCGUGGCAAUGAAGGGCGUUGUUUCGGCAAUCACUUGUGGUAUGGCCGAAGGAAAGCCGAUUUGUGAUCUGAACAACCGGGAAGAGAACGACCUCGUACCACGAGUCACGCUGGCCACUAUAUCCGGACAAGAUGAGGUGGUGAUCACUGAGCUUCAAAACCGCGUUCACAUUGACAGCCUGACGGCUUUAUUGGAGACGGGCAAGGCCUCGGCAUCCGCUCCAGCCGAUGGCUUUGGCAGCUUCGUGGAUGAUUUGCUGAAGGACCGACCAGCAUUACAGAACGGCCAUAGUUCGGGCCGCAUCGAUCCGGAGGGAUUUGCCACGAAGAAGGCUGAGGUCGAGGCAGCCAGUGAAUUGAGCGUUGGACAGGCUGUUAGCUACCUUCUCUACGCUAGCCAAUAUGGAAUCCCGAAAGAACGUGUUCAUCUUGCGGAGAGUGUCGCUGCAAAAUCAGGAUCUGUGCAGGCGAAACAACAAAUAGAAAAGUUGAAAUUGCAUGAUCUUUGCCAUUCGUUGUCGGUUCUGUUAGAAGCAGGCUUGACGAAGUCAAAAACGUACGAAGCCCUCGUUUCGCUGUGUGCUGAAGCGCUCAAAGAAAAUCGUUCAGCGGCCGAUUCAUCGUCUCUGAUUCGCGUUUUAUCGAUCAGUGGCACCCACACGAACGGUCUUCCGGAGGAUCUCUAUCAUGGAUUAUGUGGUGAAUUGAGCAAGUCGAUCAGAACAAUCGAGACGCCGGCUGGACUUCUCGGCGCGCUCAAGGUCGCUAAAUUCGCAUCCGGUGAAGAGAUGAAAGAGUUUAUGGAUCUGAUCGCCGAGAGAGCGCCUCAGUUUUUCCCGGUGAUGACUCUUGCCGAACGAGUGUCCUUCAUCAAGCAUUUGGCCGAUCAAAAGUGUCGCUAUAUGCCAUUGCUCAACCCACUGAUCGCGCAAAUUUCCAAAUCAUCGGAAACGUUGAGCCUCAAGCAAUGUGUUUCACUUUUGGCAAGCACAGGCACUUUAUCGCUAUACGAUGCUCGGCUUUUCAUCCGCAUUGUCUCCGAUCUGACAAAAGACAGCGCGCCGGAUUUCACUACUUGGGAGCAAGUCACUUCGUUGGGUGACAAUCUCUCACGGCGGCGCAUUGUUGACCAGCGAGUAUGGAAAAAGUUGUCCCGAUCCGCAGUCAAGAUUUUUGAUGAGAAGCAACGGCGGGAAGCGAGCCGAUUCUUGACAGCUAUGGCGCGCGUUGGUGUUACGAAUGAGGACGGGGUGGAGUUGGCGCAACGUCUUGCCACCAGCCUCGACAAAACCCAAGCACCGUCCGAGACUGUCUGGGUUCAUCUCCUAUUUACGCUGGCUUAUUAUGGUGUGCUACCCGGUAACCUCGCGGAAUCCGUCCUGACGCCCGUGUUUUUUGCGCAGCUUCGGAAAGCCCAUACCAAGAAGGAUGACCGUAACUACUUGCAUACGCUUUGCGAGUUGAUGCUCAUCAACUCCUACGUCAAGCACUUUAUCCCCGGAUACAAAGGCCCGACGCUCGAUAUCGAGAGCGUGGUCGACUUCAAGGCGCUGACCCCACUAAUCCGCAAGAACAAAUAUGGCAAUUUGGACCAGCCGUUGCUGCUGCAAGUAUUACAUCUGGUCAUGCCUGCCGACUACUUGCAUCCAUCUUAUUUGAGCAACACUGGCCUUUUCAUUGAUACCGAAGUCAAACCUCAGAAGAAUUCAACGACAUGCAUCCCGGUGAAAUACUGGGAAAAGGACGGCUCGCGAACUAGGCCGAUAAUUUACUACCGAUGGAAUAAUUUGGCCUUUUCCCUGGGAUUGGAAGCUUCCAAGAAUUCGGGGCCCGAGGAGCGCCUGCUUGGAAUGGAUCAGCUUGCUUUGCAAUUGUUAAAAAAAGAAGGCUAUGAUCCAAUCGUCAUCUUCGAGCCGGAUUUCCUUCCACUUGAUAGCGUGUCCAAGAAGUCCGACUAUCUCAAAAAGCGUAUUUAUAAC